UCCAACUGCACCUCCGUGACUCUCCGUCCACUUUUCGCGUCAGAAUAAAUAUAUAUUCGUGUAAUAAGCAAAAACUAAGCCAAUGAUACGUCGUUGCUGUCAAUAUUGAUCUCGCUGUAAAAUAUUACAAGAGAUUACCUAGUUCUCAUCUCGCAAGAGAUCGAACGAAAAACCGUCGCAAUCGGUAAAGAAGAUGUGCGAGCGUGGCAUUGGCCGUUCACGACUUCGCGGGGCACGACACGCGGCCAUGAGAAUCGCCCAAAAUCGCGGGAAACGCGUCCUGCUUCAUGAGGUACGCGAGGUUCGUUCACAAUUCAUUAUUAUCACAAUAAUUGGAACGGUCGAAAGGAGAAAAAUUGGGUCCCCGUGGAGGUCCUUGCGGUGUGGAAGCUGACGAUCAUCCUCCUGGUGAGGUAGGCCCGGCUGCAAGCAAGAAAGGUAGCACCCCUCGAAACACUGGGCCCGCCGCUUUGGUCAGCGGUAGCGAGAACUGUUUUCAAUCAGUUAGCUCUCAUCACUGGCAUUCUGUAGCCCUCAUGGACGGACAUCGUUAAAAGAGCCGAUGCAUUUCCAUAAUUCGCAAUAACCGGAGUGUAAGAGUCUGAAAAUGCUAUACUGAACACAGAGUCAUGAGUAUCAUUGGCACAGAGAUGAGCAAGGUGUCCACGCCAGAUCGCAUUGGAUCCCAAGCGACAAUCGAUGAGAAUGCUGAGACUUCGAUGAGCGAAGACGCGUCUAAUGACAAGGAGGAUCUGCAGAACGAUUCUAAUGGCUUCCUGCCUAGUAGAAGCCGUUAUGGUAGAAUGAUAAGGUCUAGGUCCAGCACGAACAAUACUGUAGAUUCUCCGCAGAAUUGUAACCCAAAGGCAUAUAAGCAACAAACGAAUAACGUUGAUACCAGUAUGGAAAAUAUAAGUGAAAAUAAUAUAGCUAACAAUGUAGACAAGGCCAGCAAUGCAUCUACUACAUUAAACAGUAUAGAGGAAACUCCAUCUUCGAAAGAAAUCAAUCCUAAUAUUGAAUGUAAAUGGAUAGUGGGACAAUUAGCAUGGGCUAGAGUUGGUAAUUUUCCAUUCUGGCCCUGUAUGGUAACGCACGAACCAACUUCAAAAAUACAUUGUAAAUUAAGAGCUACAAGUAAGUCGACAUUUAUGAUGUUGAUACAUGUAACUUACUUCGGAGAUAAAGGGCGUCGCAGCUGGGUCUCUGCAAAUAGUAUGAUGCCAUUCACAAAUCUUCAAGACUUUUUAAAAUUAGCAAAAUCACUGACAGCAGAGACAAAGAAGAAGGAUUCCAAGUUGGCUGCUGCAUUUGUUGUACAGCAAAGAUCAAAAAUAAGAUGGGACAAUGCUGUUCAAGAAGCUAUGAAAGCACAGCCAAAGACAAUUGAAGAAAGACUUGCACUUUUUACAAUGCCAAUUAAACCCAAGAAAUCUAAAAAUCCAAAACUACUUACUGCCGAUGAAAAAAAUAAGAAAAGAAAACAUUCGACUGAGCAAGAUGGACCUGACAUUAAGCGUCUUAAACAGGAAAAUAUGUCUAAUAUAGAGAAAUUAGAAAAACCAGAAGAAAAAUUAAAAUCACGUAAAUCAGAAUUGUCAAAGUCAAAAAAUUCACGAAUUGUAAACGGUAAAAUUGAUUCAAAAUUGAAUUUUGAUUUUUUAUCUUCAACUCCUUCAAGUCGUAAAAGUUCUGUAGAAAGUACGAACACAAAAAACUAUAAAAAUAACAAAGAUGAAGAGAGCACAUUUAAAGUUUAUUAUGAAAAUAACAAAAGUGUGCUGGAAAAAGAUUAUCCACAUAUGCCAAAAAACGAUAUUAAAACAUAUUUGCGAAAAGUUUGGAAUGAUAUGGAUGAUGACUACAAAAGAAGAAUGUGCACAAACGAUGACAAAAAUAGUUCAUAUUUCCAUUCGACAGACAGCUCUCUAAAUGAAGACGAAACACCAGUGAACACAACUAAAGAAAAUGAAACUUCAAUGGAAAUUAACACAACUAAAGAAGAUGAGACAUCGAUGGAAACUAAUACGACUAAAGAAAACGAGACAUCAAUUGACACAUCUAUAAAAGAAAACAAGAAAACCAAAAAAAAUGAAAAGAUUGAAAGAGAAGAAAAUUCUGUUUCAAGUGAGCAAGAUGGGCUUGACAUUAAACGUGCUAAGCAGGACAAUGUAAAUAAUACAGAAACAAAACGAAAGAAGCCAUACAAUCUCUUUAAAGGUUUGAAACAAGAGAAGGUUUGUCAGAUUUGUGAGAAAACAGGCAAACUAACGAGAUGUAAAGGGCCUUGUUAUUCUUAUUUUCAUUUAUCAUGUGUAAAACCUGGCGAAUCAAGUCCAGAAUAUUCUGUUGAUGAGAACACAUUAGAUGAAAAAUUACUUAGUGAUUUAAAUAUAAUUAAAAAAAGUAUUAAUGGUGAAAGUGAAAAUAAUGGUAAAUUGGAUGAGCAAGAGGAUGAAACAUUUAAAUGUAUUGAUUGCUUAUCUGGAGUAGCACCUGCUUGUUUUUUAUGCAAUGAAAGAGAAGGAGAUAGAAUAAGAUGUAUUGUUCCGGCUUGCGGAAAACAUUAUCAUUCCAAAUGUUUGUUACCGUGGCCACAAUCACAUUGGCAAGGUGGACGUUUGACAUGUCCGUUUCAUGUAUGCCACACCUGCAGUUCUGAUAACCCUCAAAAUAAUCGUUCGCGCGCUCCAAAUGAGAAAAUGGCAAGAUGUGUUCGUUGUCCUUCAUCUUAUCACGCUUCAACAUUGUGUCUACCUGCUGGUUCAGUAAUUUUGACAGCCAGUCAAAUUAUAUGUCCAAAACAUUACAAAGCACCACAUCCUCCAUUAAAUGCAGCAUGGUGUUUCUUGUGUACACGUGGUGGAAGUCUCAUCUGUUGUGACACUUGUCCUACUUCCUUUCACGUGGAAUGUCUUGGUCUAAGAUCUGCACCUGCUGGUGGAUUUAUAUGCGAAGAUUGCGAAACGGGAAGAUUACCUUUGUAUGGGGAAAUUGUAUGGGUGAAACUCGGUCAUUAUCGUUGGUGGCCGUCUCGUAUAUGUUACCCUAACGAAAUUCCUGAAAAUGUAGAGGCUAAAGCUCAUAAAUCUCCUGGUAAAUUUUGUGUAAUGUUUUUGGGGUCUAAUGAUUAUUAUUGGGUACAUAGAGGUCGAGCCUUUUUAUAUCAAGAUGGUGAUGCAAAUAUAAAACCACCUCAAGGUAAAAGUUUAAUGGAUGAUACGUAUCGAAUAGCUCUCCAAGAAGCUAAUAAAUUACACUUGCAAUUAAAAGCAAGGCGAUCUAUGACUAAAGAACCAAAAGGACUGAAACCACCACCAUAUGUAAAAUUAAAAGUCAAUAAACCAGUGGGUAACGUCAAACCAGCCGAAGUCGAGAGCAUUGUGGCGUGUGAAUGCGAUCCCGACUGGGAUAAUCCUUGCGCACCUGGUACGGAUUGUUUGAAUCGUAUAUUAAUGGUUGAAUGCAGUCCCGGAAUCUGUCCAGCUGAAGCGAAAUGUAUGAAUCAGUCGUUUGUGCUGCGACAAUAUCCGGCAAUGGAGCCAUUUCAUACUGAGGGCCGUGGAUGGGGUCUGAGAACUUUGGAGGAUAUCAAAGCAGGGCGAUUUGUCAUUGAAUACGUGGGAGAAAUUAUAGAUGACGCCGAAUACAAGCGUAGAUUACAUCGAAAGAAAGAAUUGAAAAAUGAGAAUUUCUAUUUUUUAACGAUUGACAACAAUAGAACAAUUGAUGCGGAACCAAAGGGAAAUCUGAGUCGUUUUAUGAAUCAUUCGUGCGACCCAAACUGCGAAACGCAAAAGUGGACGGUAAACGGAGACACGCGUAUCGGUCUAUUCGCUUUACGUGACAUAGAAUCUGGAGAAGAGCUGACGUUUAAUUACAAUUUGGCAUCCGAUGGAGAAACACGGAAAGUGUGUCUUUGCGGAGCACCAAAUUGUAGCGGUUUUAUUGGACUAAAAGCCCAGAAACAACAGUUGUCAAUAACACCAUCGAUCGUACCAUUAAAGAAAAUUGACAAAUCAAAACGAUACAGAAGAUGGAGAAAGCGCAGAUGUUGGCGAUGCGGUCAAGAAAUAUCGUAUAACAAUAAAUUUAUAGUCUGCUCACAAAAAACUUGCAAGAAAAAGUACCAUAAAACAUGCGUAACAAUCGAUGAAUCAACGGAAUCAAAAUUCGCUUGUCCGUGGCAUUUUUGUUCAAAAUGCGGACGUCGAACAUCAGCACACUGCUCGUUUUGUAGCACUGCUUUCUGUCAAGUUCAUCUUGAUGGGAAUUUAUUUGAACGAGAUAACGAUAAGGGUGGCGUCGUGUGCAAGUUGCACGAAAAUGCGGAUGCACAGAAAUCUAUCGAAGAUGAGAAAGAAUAUUCGGAUAAUGAGACAGAUAAAGAAUCUUCUUCGGCUAGCUCCACUAGUCCGAUCGUAAUGGAAAAAAUUACGACACGAGAACCAUCACCAAGGGUUUCUAUUGUAGAGGUUCAUCUAAGCAGUGAAGAGAGUGAAGAAUCUCAGAAGGAAGAGGAAGAGAACAAUCUCGAGACUAAUUUUAUGUCAUGUGAUAAAAGUUCGAGGACAGUGACAAAAGAGACACUUCAUAAAUCACAGAAGAAAGAAAAUCAAGCUAAGGAAUUAAGUAAUCUUACAUCUAGUCAACUGGAAGCCAUAAUUGGCGUUAGCCUCAAUGAAUAAAUUUCUUUAUCAUUUCAUGAAAUUUUCCGGUACAUGUAUAGUAAAGCCAAUCUGAAAUAACUGAUGUACAUAUAAUUAUAUAUAAUAUUAAUUGUCAUAAA